AUGGCCGCGCUCAGCUUUGUGCUGCUGCAACUGGCCCUCGCCGCGGCGGCGCUGGCCAUCCAGCCUUAUCUUGAUCCGAAAAAUCGCGCGGCCCGGGCUGACUGGCUGGCCGUGCUGGCGCUUGCGGCCUUUGCUGCGCUGGGCGUGGCGGGCCUUGAACUGAGCCUGGCUGUGACCGCCCGCGUCAUCGCCGGCAACGUGCUCAUCGCCCUGCUGCUCGGCGUCGGGCUGUUUGCAGCGCCAGUGGCUGGCGCCUGCGUGCUGUCAGGCGCCACCCUCCUCGGGGCGCUAUGGAACUGGCCCGUCAGGCGCCUGGCCGGCGCCGAGAGCACAGCGCUUGCUCCAGGCGGCGUGGGCGCAGCGCCCAUGCCGGACAAUCUGGCGAUUUAUCUCCUCUUCGCCGUCAUCGCGGCGCUCGCCGUCUCUGGCCUGUCCCUGCGGCGGCUGCUGCGGUGCGCAGCCCUGACACGGGCGGCGGCCGCCAGCCUCGCCAUCGCCGCCGCCGCGACGCCGCCCGCCGUGCUCACCGUGGUCUGGAUGAAGACCGCUGCUUUCGCCACCAGCCUCCCCUUUGCGCUCAUCGCCAGCAUCAUGGCGGCGGGCGGGGUGCUGCUGGUCGCCCGCCUGCGCGGCGCUGUCGAACCUGAUGCGGCGAAAGGGACCGCCGGCCAUGGCGGCGCGCGCCAUGUGCAUGGGCCGCAUGUCGAGCUGGCGACCGGCGCCCUCGCCUGCGCCACUGUGGCGACGCUCGCGCUCGGGCUUAUCUUUGCACUUGACAAGGGCAUGCUGACGGUGGCCCUGGCGCUGAUGGCCCCCGCCAUCGCCUGGGUGGCGGUGCAUCUGCCGUUGCCGGCGCUACGCUAUGCCGUGGCCGGCGUCGGCGUCGUGGUGGCGGCGCGUCUCAUCGCCAAUCCGGCGAUCGCGGCGGAAGGCGGCGUCGGCGCUGUUCCGGUGUUCAACUGGCUGCUGUGGGGUUAUGGCGCGCCAGCCCUGUCAUUCGCCAUCGCCGCACGCGUGCUGGCGCGCCAGGGGCGCGACCGCAUCACCGCCCUGUGCGAGAGCCUCGCCAUCGCCUUCACCACCCUGCUGGCGGUGUUCGAGAUUCGGCACGCGCUGCACGACGGCGAUGCCUUCGCCGCGGGUUCCUCUCAUAUGGAGGCCGGCCUGCUCGCAGUCUGCGGCCUGUUGCUGGCGCUGGGCCUGUCGCGGCUCCACCGGGGUCGGGCUGAUCCUGUCUACUGGAUCGCCGCCAGCGCACUGUCGCUGGCGUCUUUUGUGGUGAUCGCAGCGGGUCUGCUGGUCAUUCAUAACCCGCUCAAUGGCCAUGAACAGAUUGUCGGCGGGCCGCUGUUCAACUCGCUGAUCCCCGCCUAUCUGCUGCCGGGCCUGCUGGCAGGGCUACUGGGCUUCAGCACCCGCGCGCAAUGGCCGCGCUGGCGCACGUUGCUGGCGGCGGGCCUCUCACUGACGCUGCUGGCGACAUAUCUCUUGCUGGAAAUCCGGCGGCUCUUCCAGGGGCCGGACGUCGCCAUCGACCGGGGGGCGGGCAACGCCGAAUGGCUCACCUAUACGGCGGCGCUGCUGGUGCUGGGGGGCGUUUUGCUGGCUUGGGGCCUGGCGCGCAAACGGCGGCUGCUGCGCCAGGUUUCCGCCAUCUUCAUCAUCGCGGCGGUGCUCAAGGCCUUCCUGUCCGACAUGGCCAGUCUCGACGGCGUGUGGAGGGCCCUCUCCUUUAUCGGCCUUGGCCUUGCGCUGAUCGGCGUCGCCCGCGCCUACCAGCGGCUGCUGGCCCCCGCCGAGCGCCCGCCGGACAACAGCGCUUGA